CAGACAUAGACAAAUAAGGUUACACAUAACCUAUUAUCACAGACUGUAAUCUGUGCUAGUUAGCCAUUUAUGAUGUUAUUAGUUCGUUAACGUUUGAAAGUUUGAAAUUGUUGAAUCUUUCAGCUAAAAAAAUUAUAUAGAACAAAGUUAUAAUUAAUUUAAUAUUAAUUUAAAAUCAUGGAUACUGACGAUGCUUCAUUGACUUGUUCAUUGAAGUUAGAAUGGACAAAUUCCCAAGGAAUAAUAAAUAGAAAACUCCAAUCUAAAAACGCAACCUUGAGACUGAUGCGGGAUGAAAGUCGAGUUAUUUAUGUGGAAAUAAGAUAUGACAAAGCAUCACCGAUUAAAUUGCCCUUGAAGAGAUUGUCUGUUCAUAAAAAUUUUAUGAAAGAAGGCAGAGCAUCUAUCAAAUUUCAAGAAUUUGGAUGUACUGCUUUUCUGACAAAUGCUCCUCCAUCUCAGUUAAUAGGAUUUUUGAGAACAAUGUUUGUGAAAAUGACUGGAAAUGCCCCCAAAAAUGAAAAGGCCACUUCUCUAAGAACUCAACUUCUCUCAAACAAACCACAACAGUUUGAGGAAAUAAGUCCUGUAACCAAAGGAAAAUUAUGUAGGGUUCAAAAACACGUUAUGGGAAAAUCUACUACUACGCCUUCACCGAUACGCAAACGUAAAUUGAGUGACUCAUCAUCUGAUUCAAGACCAUCAUCUGCUAAAAGGCUUUAUACUUCAUCAUCUACAAUUCAAGAUACUCCAUUAGAUAUACAACAAAAAGAAGUAUUGGAAACAUGUUUGUCAGGAAGAAAUGUUUUCUUUACAGGAAGUGCAGGCACAGGCAAAAGUUAUUUGUUAAGGAAAAUAAUUGGUUCUUUACCUGCUGAUGUUACUGUUGCAACUGCAUCAACAGGUGUUGCAGCCUGUCAUAUAGGAGGCAUCACACUGCAUCAGUUUGCAGGUAUUGGUUUAGGCACUGCUUCAAUUAAUGCUUGUGUUGAUAUGGCAAUGAAAAGUGCCUCUUCUAUAAUAUGGAAGAAAUGUAAGCAUCUCAUCAUAGAUGAAGUAUCUAUGAUCGAAGCAGAUUACUUCCAGGUAAACCAAACAUAUUUUUCAAAUGUGAGAUAUCCCAGAUCAGAGUGUGUGUUUUAGGAGGAAUAGCUUUAUUUCAUUUAGACUCUAUACAUGUAUUCUCAUAUUGAUUGAAUAGAAUAGAAUAUCUUUAUUUUCUUCACAAACAUACAUAGGUACAUUAGGAAGACUCUGUCAACAAGUUUCACAUCAAUAUCUACAAUAGGUCAAAUAGUCUGAAAUAUUAUAUGGCUUAGAGUAAUUUAUAAACUUGAAGAUAUUUCUUUUGAACUGUUUUUCAUUUUUACAUUUAUUUUUAUUUAUUUGGAAUCUUAGUGUGGAGAAAAGUUUACAUCAGAUGUUAUACUAUGCUAUGCUAGUUACUCUUACGCUUACUCUGGUUUUCUUUGCCAAGCUUUCGGAUUUAUUUUAAUCCAUCUUCAGGGCGUCUACAAGAUAUAUAAAAAUUAUAAAUAUGGAACACUUCUUACAUUUUUACACAACUUGAAAUAACUUCAAAAAGGUAUCACGCAAAAAAAAAAAAGGUUUGGUUCAACAAAGCUACAAAUAUACAUUUUUUAACUCACUGAAUAUUGAGGUUUUUGGUGUUUUCACGUCUUUUCAUUAAAACAUCUCAUGUAGUCAAAUUCUAUAUAAUUUUAAAAUCUUUGAAAACUCGGAAUAGCGGGUCACCAACAAUUUAGACAAGUCUUUCAAUAACAAUAAUAUUUUGGAAAAAUGGAUGUCGAUUGAAUUUAAGAGGCAUGCCUUCUUUAAUCAUUUCAGUAGAAAAAUCUGUACAUGGAAUAACAAUGAUAAUGAGAUGCGGUACCCAUGUGUGCAAGCAAGAUAUGUAGUUUCUAUUAAAAUUUGUUUUUGAAUUGAAAAUACGAACAUGAAAAGCAUAAUUCGAUAGCUUUUAUAAAUUCUGUUUUUGGUAGGUCUUUAUGCUCUUUUAUUUUUUCCCAUUUUUUAAUCAUCAAUUCUUUUAUCACGUUGAGUGGUAAAUUUGUAUAUAAGCUGACAACAUCUAGUGAAAACAGUUUUUCAUUGUGUUUUAAUGAUAUUUUAUCUAUGAAUUUUUUGAAUUGCCAGGAAUCCUUUACGUAGUAAGCAUUUUUUCCUAGUAUUGGAGUCAAACAAUUUGCUAAGUAUUUUGAAAGUUUGUAAAUAGGACUUUGAACACAGCCAAUAAUUGGUCUUAGGGGUAUUUCACUUUUGUGUUAUUUCCGUAAUGUAUGUAAAUUUGGGGAGGGUUUGCAUUAUCAAUAUAUCGAAAUAUCGAUGUUUUUUCCGAAAAUUUCCGAUCAAUAUCGGCGAUAUUUUUAAUUCCGAUGCUAUCAAAUAUCGAUAUUUUCAACCCAUAUUUUAUCGAUAUAUUUAUAUAGAUUACAUUAUCAAAUUCGAUAUUUUUUCAUAUUUCGCAUUAUGAUUCUGACCUCACGAAACAUAUUAUACUUUGGU